AUGGAAAAGCUGUCUCUCUCAGAUGCGCCCCCGCACGGCGGCCAGGCCGUUGCUCCUCUUCAGGUCCGGGGCGCUCCGCAGCCACCUCCUCAGCUGCCGCCGCAGAUGUUUACGACGGCGGCCCAACUCCUGGAUUUCACUGACAAAAAGCUCAUGAUUGUGCUGCGCGAUGGGAGGAAGUUGAUUGGCGUGUUAAGAAGCUGGGAUCAGUUUGCCAACUUGGUUCUUCAAUCGACGACGGAACGGAUAUUCGCGACGAAAACAAUCGGCGCUGACCCCCACGAGACCACGCAGGGACUCUACGCAGACGUCUUCCACGGCAUCUUCCUCGUCAGAGGAGAAAACGUGCUGAUGCUAGGUGAGAUCGACCUGGACAAAGACGACGACGCGCCCGCCGGAUACGAAGUCGCCGAGCUGGAAGUCGUCAAGAAGCUCGCCGAGGAGCGCAAGUCGGUGGAGAAGACCAAAGAAAAGACGCGGUUAAAGAAGCUCGCCAAGAUUGGGUUUGAGGGGGAGAACCUUGGCGAAAUCGCUCUCUGA